UUUUCACACCACAACUCUGAAAUCAAGCCCCUCCAGAAAAUUGCUCAACAGAUUCUCUCCAUCUAUCCAAAUUCUGCCUCAUGUGAGCAUCUUUUCAGUAUUUUUGGUGCAAUCCUCACAAAAUGGCAGAAUUGGCUUUCUACUCAAAAUCUCAUGCUGCUUGCAGAGCUGAAGAUGCACCUCCAUGAGGAACACAUUCAUACAGGGGCUGUCAGGAAGUGCCUGAAAUGGUGUUACUGCGAGAACCCAACAAUUGAGAUCAACCAGUCAGCAGAGUCAUCUUGUGUGACUGCAGAGGCCGACACAGAUGCCUUUGGCAGUGAACCCCAACAGAUGUGUAGUAGUGGGACUCACAAGCACUGA